GAGCACUGCAAAACCCAGGCAAUGUCAAACAAAAAAAAAAGCAUUUUUAGAAACAAUAUAAAAUUCGCAAAUAUAAUUAAGAAUUAGAACUACAUGCGGGGGGGUUAAGAUUGUGUGAUUAAUAAAAACUUGAAAGCGGUUUUAAGGCGAGGGACAAAACAAUGGUUUGGCACUAGUUGGUCUGGAUUACAGCAACUGAUAGAGAAACAAACCGCCGAGAUCCAACGGCUACAAAUAUUGGCCCGGCUCUUAAAUACAACUCGUUAGCGACCGAGUUUCGCGUUAUAAUCCAUUAAUCUGUUAGUAAUUUAACGUUAGCGGGCAACUAGCUCCCGAGCAGCGGUGUUACCAUUGGAUUGUUUUGUUUAAAAAAAACAUUAUUUUUUGAACGAAUGCUCGUCCGUACACAAAAAAAACUAGCGAAGCGUUUUUAUUAGUCUUUGGGGGCAGUUAAGAAGAUAUUACCUCUGUGUCUUGUGUUUGCCAUUUGGGUAAAUCCAACCGACAGAUUCCACACAAAAUGAUUUAGAGAUUUAGCGACAACACGCCUUUAGCAGUUCUGUAACAAUUACACGCGUACACACGAGCAUUAUCACCCGAGUCGCUUAAAACGUUCCAAAUGCAUUAAAGGUGAUAGUAUAGUCAAACAAGCAGCGGAAAUAGAAAACAAGUUUAUAGCGAAAGUGCGGCUAGCGUCGGAGGUGGGCAAGCCUAGCGGUGUAUUGUGGAAGAGACAGAAGCUACAGACCAGAGGCACACAAUAUGUGUUGGCUCUCGCCGAAAAGGAGGCAGUAUUCUUCAAGCUAAAUCAUGUAAAUGUAAGCGGCGAGGGGAAAGCGAUCUCGUCUUUUCGUCAAUUAAAGAAGAAUCCCUCGAUCGGACGAAUCAUGUCCAAGCCAGGGGAGAAAAACAGGUUGAACGAAGACCAUGGCAGAAAGCAGAGUUCAAGUCUGGCGAACGGCAUGGACAGUCAUCCCGUGUGCGGCUCGGCGGAGAAGCGGAGUCACCACUGGAGAAGUUACAAGUUGAUCAUCGACCCGGCGCUGAAGAAGGGCUCCCACAAACUCUACCGCUACGACGGGCAGACUUUCAGCAUGCCGAACCCCGGGAUACCUCCGGUGGACAUGGUCCGAGACCCGAGGAUCGGUCCUCUCUGGUCUAAGUACAAAGACAUGGACCUACCGGUGCCGACGUUUAAGAUCGACGAGUAUUACAUCGGCCCGGUGCCUCCCAAGGAGGUGACGUUCGCCAGGCUCAACGACAACGUUCGGGAAGGAUUUCUUAAUGACAUGUGCAAAAAAUUUGGAGAAAUCGAGCAGGUCGAGAUCUUGUACAAUCCGAAGAACAAAAAGCACCUGGGGAUCGCCAAAGUGGUUUUUGAGAACGUGAAAGCAGCCAAAGUGGCGGUGCAGUCGCUUCACAAGACGUCUGUUAUGGGAAACUUCAUCCACGUGGAGCUGGACCCGAAAGGUGAGAAUCGCCACAGGUACUUCCAGCUCCUGAUGAAUGGCAGCUUCACGCCGCAGACCCUGCCUGUGGGCGGAGAGGAGGCCAGGGAAGUGUCCCCUCGGAGCCUGGCUGAAGCCCUACUGGCCUGCGAGCCGAUCCGCAGACUGUCGGACAGCGGCCCGUCCGCCGCCGGAGGAGCGCUGCCCACCAGCAGCUCCACGACGCCCCUGUCCCACGAGACGGGCUACUUCAGCCUGAAGCAGGACACCCCGCAGUCCCAGGGAACCCCUCACACCCCCCGGCCGGCCGGCACCCCCUUCUCCCAGGACUCCAAUUUCUCCAGUCGACAGUCCACGCCGGCGUACCAGCCCAGCCGGGCAGAGAGCGGCGUUGCUGGCAGCGGCGGCGGGGGGGGUGGCGGCGGUAGCGGCGGCGCCGGUGGCGGUACUGGCGGAGGUUACAAAUCUCGCAGACACGAGAGCAAGUUCCACGACGCGUACAACCGCCGGCCGGAGAGGCCCCAGUACCGCAGCAACAUGUACAGGAGCAGCGCGCCCGAGCAGCCCCCCUUCAAACAGCCCCCGCUCACGCCACCCGAGCCCCCGCCCUCCACGCCUUCCUUCACGUACACGCCGCCUCUCCCCGCCACGCCCAACUUCAAGUCCGCCUUCUCGCCCUACCAGGCGCCCCUGCCCCCCGCGUUCCCCCCGUCGGAGCCCGCUUUCCAUCACCCGGCCCAAAGGGAGGGCGAAUACGUCCGGCCGCCGCAGCCGCAGCCGCCUCAGGCCGCGGCCACGGACUUUCUGCCCGUCAAGGACCGACCGGAGACUCCUCCGAUCCCGGAGCCCCCGGAGCCCCCGGAGCCCCCGCCGGAGCCCUCGCCCCAACCGACCACCCCUCCGCCGCAGACGCCGGAGCGCUGCCCCUCGCCCGCCUCGCCCACGCUGGACCCGGAGCGCAACAGCCUGGACUCGCGCAUCGAGAUGCUCCUCAAGGAGCAAAGGACAAAGCUGCUGCCGUUCCUGGAGGAGCAAGACUCGGACGCCGAGGUGCGCAUGGACGGGAGUCCGAUCUCCUCCUCGUCCUCGCAGCUGUCCCCGAUCCCCGCUUACACAAGCGGCUCCCAAGGGGGCCCGCAGAACUCCCGUCCCAUCAGCACCGGCUUGGAGGACAUCAGUCCGACCCCACUGCCGGAGUCGGAGGACGAGGAGCCCGUCCCCGGGACGGCCUCCCUGAUGAAGACCAUUGGCUCCCCUGCCCAGGAGAAGACGGGCAACAGCGACCUCAAAGAUGGACAUUUUCGAGGCCACACUCCCACGGAUGUCGCUGAAACGGGUCACAACUCGUCGGGUGAAGACAUGGAAAUCUCCGACGACGAGAUGCCCGGGACCCCGACCAGCGGAGGCGAAUGUGGCAAGGGCAUCGUCAUGAACUCUGCUGUGUCCCCGAUGCAGACCAUCCCCAUCCCUCCGCCCGGCUUCCCCCCGCUCCCGCACCAAGGCGGCUACCAGCUCCCGCACCACCACCUGGCCGCUCACCCGGGAGUGCCUCACCACAUGCUGCAGCACAUGGCCCACUACCCUCACGGCAUGAUGCCGCUGGUGCAGAUGGAGCUGAUGAACUGCUUGCGGUGGGAACAGUGGAGCACCGUGCCCAUGUCCUUCCAGAUGCAGCAGCAGAUGCUGAGUCGCAUGGCUCAGACCAGAGGCCCCUACCAGUAUCCGCAGUUCAUCGACAGCGGCGCAUCCGGGCCCUACUUGGGACCGUACCAGCCUGUGACCAUGGGACCUGCGCCCGCCGCCGGCGCAGAGGCACCCGGACAACAGUGGCAGAAUCCCAGUAUACCAAAGUUCAACCCUACUGUCCCCCCUCCAGGGUACGACACUAAAAAGGAGGACCCCCACAAGGCCACGGUGGAUGGUGUCCUGCUGGUUAUUGUCAAGGAGCUGAAGGCCAUCAUGAAGAGGGACCUCAACCGUAAAAUGGUGGAGGUGGUGGCCUUCAGAGCCUUUGAUGACUGGUGGGAAAAGAAGGAACACUCGGCAAAGGUUUCUUUGACCCCGGUGAAGGGUGCCGAGGCGAAGGAAGAGGACAGACCCAAACCCAAAGAGCCGAUGGGUUCGAGCCUGCUGGAGAACUGGAACAAGGGCGAGGGGCUGGGCUACGAGGGGAUGGGCCUGGGAAUCAGCCUGCGAGGGGCCAUCCGCCUGCCCUCCUUCAAGGUGAAGCGGAAGGACCCGCCAGAGGCCGCGGUGAGCGGCGACAACAAGCGAGCGCGACCCUCCACUCCGGUGGACGACGAGCUGGAGGACGAAGACCGGGAUCGAGACGCGACGCAGCUCCGGAUGGACGAUUCCAAAGAGGACUCCGACAGCGCGUCGGCGAAGCGGCGGCACUCGCGGCCGCUUGAACUGGACAGCGAGGGAGAGGAGGAGCUGGACACCUCGGGAAAGGAAGAGGAGUCACUGUCCGAUAGGGAGGAGGAGCCCGACAAAACUCAGGCUACGGAGAGGCUGUCGUCGGGCAAAGAGAGUGGCGAUGAGGAGGGUGACGAUGAAGGCUCAUCCAGUGACAGCGCUUCCUCGGAUUCGUCUGAUGAAGAAGGGGCGAGCUCUGCUUCCUCCAAAGCCAGCUCUGACUCUUCGUCAGAGAGCGCCGACUCCUCAGAGUACGAGUUAAGCUCGGAAGAAGAGGAUGAUGAGGAAGAAGAGGAGGAGGAGGAAGAAGAAGCAGAGGAAGAGGCCUCCACCACAGCAACAAAAGAUGUGGAGGCUCAAGUCAAAGUGGCAGAGACCUCCUCGUCCUCCUCGUCCUCAUCAAUUUCCUCUUCUGAUGAAGACGAAGGGGAGGGUGAGACCAAGGCGGCGUGCUCUCCUCCGGGGACGGCGCCAGAGGACGCCAAGGACCAGAGGAGCCAAAAGGAGCCGAGCAUCAAACCCAAAUGCAGACCUCCGAGUCCGGAGGCGACGGAGGACCUGAAGCCUCCUUCGCUCAAAGGAACCCCAGUCAAAGAGCGAGACAUCAGUGUCAGGCCUGAGCACGUGACAGGCCUCCGUCCGCCGACCCCCACGGGGGCCCUGCCCGACAGCGACCAGGAGGACGCGAAAGCCAAAGGUAAAGCCGAGCCCGAGGAGGUGCCCUGCACCCCGGGGCGAUCGGCCUCGUCCCGCGUAGACGCCAGGUCGCCCGUCCCCAAAAGUGUCUCCGCUGCGUUGUUGCACCUCCCUCUCCCUCUCCACCCGCCCGCGGGAGGUCGAUCCCUCCUCCAUCCGCCCCCCGCUCCCCUGCCCGACCUCCCCCAGCGGGCCCGGCUGCCCACGGACGAGGACAUCCCCCGCACGCCGGGCCGGGACCUGAUGGAACGCGCCCGAAGUCUGGGCAAGUCCCAGAGCACGGACGCCAUGCCCGUCACGCCCGGCGGCGAAGCCCCGCUGACGGGUGGCGGCUUGCUGCUCAUCUCCCCUCACAUCCCCGGCAGCCCCUUUUCUUACCCCGCGCAGUCCCCCGUCCUUGGCGCGGGGGUCCCCCGCACGCCGGGUAGAGACUUAACCUUCACACCUGUCUUCCCCGACCCCGCAGCCAUGGCUUUCAAUCGGAAAAUAUCCACCGAGAGCCUGGACGAGCGACCCGUCUUCAAAGAGCCGCCCGCCAGCACCGCGUCGGGUCAGGCCCCGUCGGCCGGAGCAGAGGCGUCGGCCAGCGUCCCCGAGGAGCUGCCCGUGGACGUCCCCGUGGCGUCGGACACUGCCCCGUCCAAGAGGAAACCCGGGCGACCCAGGGGCAAAAAGGGCGCGUCGCUCUCCGCGGCCGAUGAGUCUCUGGAGCCGUCGUCCGAGUCCGCCCUGCCGCCCCACCACGCGCAGACCACCUCGGCCAAGACCCCCCACCGCCCGAGCCCGGACUUCAGGGAAGGAGAAGCGAAGGCCCGCGCGGUCCUGCCGGACGAGGACGGCUUCCUGUCCCACGAGGAGGAGGAGGAGGCGGCGGUGGCCACGAAGCCCGCGCGGCGGGCGCGGCGAGGCUGGGAGGAGCUGCUGCUGGACGGCCUGUCCCCCGUCACCUCGCCCCCCCGGCCGUACUUCAAGCCGCGCUUCGAGUUCGAGGAGAUGACCAUACUGUACGACAUCUGGAACGAAGGCAUAGACGACGAAGACAUACGGCUGCUGCAGAUCACCUACGACAAGAUGCUGCAGCAGGAUAACGGCAACGACUGGCUCAACGACACGCUGUGGGUCAACCAUCCCGCUACCAACAUCCCGAGAGUGAAGAGGAAGAGGAGAGACGACGGCAUGAGAGAUCACAUGACCGGCUGCGCGCGAAGCGAGGGGUACUACAAGAUCGACAAGAAGGAUAAGAUCAAGUACCUUCAGAGCACCAAGCUGCAGUUGGAGGAGCCGCCGGUCGACACCCAGGGGAUGAGUAUUCCUGCACAGGUACACGCCUCCACGAGAUCCGGCUCGGAGCGGCGGUCAGAGCAGCGGCGCUUGUUGUCCUCGUUUGCGUGCGACAGCGACCUGUUGAAGUUCAACCAGCUGAAGUUCCGCAAGAAAAGGAUCCGAUUCUGCAAGUCGCACAUCCACGACUGGGGGCUGUUCGCCAUGGAGCCCAUCGCCGCCGACGAGAUGGUGAUCGAGUACGUGGGGCAGAACAUCAGACAGGUGAUCGCCGACAUGCGGGAGAAGCGCUACGAGGAGGAGGGCAUCGGCAGCAGCUACAUGUUCCGCGUCGACCACGACACCAUCAUCGACGCCACGAAGUGCGGCAACUUCGCCCGUUUCAUCAACCACAGCUGCAACCCCAACUGUUAUGCGAAGGUCAUCACGGUGGAGUCUCAGAAGAAGAUCGUGAUCUACUCCAGACAGCCCAUCAACGUCAACGAGGAGAUCACCUACGACUACAAGUUCCCCAUCGAGGAUGAGAAGAUCCCCUGUCUGUGCGGGGCGGAGAACUGCAGGGGAACCCUGAAUUAGGGCUGAAAAACAUUCACGCCCCGAAGAUUGUUUACGUUUCAUGGUGCUCUGGAAACACAAAAAAAUAAAAAAACGCCUGCCAGUGACACGGAGCUUACUCAAACACUUGAACUCGCUGGUGCAGCUCCUCUCAGCUCGGACAGUAUUUCAGCUGCUGGUUUGUACAGUUUUACACGAUUCUCGUUUUGGUCUCAUAAGCUUUACGAACGCCACGCGUGGCACAAACUACGCGUUCACCCGCUUAGCGACACGGCUGAGACGCACAAGCCCGACCAGGACAACGGAGACCAAGGUCGGGCCUCUUUCUGGCUGCUACCUCCUUGUUAGCGGGUUCCUCUCCGCGGGGGGGGGGGGGAGGCGCGACAGAAAUGGUUAAAUCCAGCCCCUGGAAAUCUGGCAUAUUUGGAAAUCCCGCCCUGCUUUCACCAGCCAACGAUGGAUCACGCCGCUUCCUAUUAGUUUAUGCAAAAAAAGAGUGCGGAAGCUGUAUCACUGAUGGUCCAGUGUUUUCCAGUUUUGUUUGGGUUGUUUCUGUGUGCGCGUGCGUGUGUGCGUGCGUGUGUGACAGAAUGAGUGCGCUGCCCUCUGCAGGCCACAGCGCAGUGCGACGCCCUGGUCAUGUGGAGCAAGAAAGGGAACAUUUGAUUCGAUUCCACUCUGCAUCCACGGGGGUUCAUCGUUUUUGAGAAUACUUCCUAAUUUGGAGUUUUUGGGCUUGUGAAAGUGCCAUAUGAAUGUGAAUCUGUCCCAGCCGCCCGCUGACGGACAUGGAGGAUAUUUUUUUGUGUCGCUUAGUGCUGGUGUAAACAUGCAUGUGCAAAGGAUCGCUGCCUGUGUUUGUGUUUCCCUCGGAUGGCUUCCUGCUCCGUAGUGUUUGUGUUCUUCUUCAAUCGCUCGUUACUCUUCCAGUGUUCAACGUCUCCCGUUAUCAGAAGCCAGCAGCCCCCCCCCCCCCCCCCCCCCCCCCCCCCCCCCCAGCAGGGCGCUGUUCCUUCCUUAUGAUCUCGAUUCAGCAAAAACACUCGAGGCUUGCACUUCUGGUUUACACCCCCCCCCCCCCCCCAGUCCAUCCCAGCGACCCCCCCUUCCCUCUUCAAGACCAAGUCACUCACUGCUUUCUUCAGCUGAAUUGAUCCUCUUUUUUUCACCAGUGAUGUUUAUAUUGUAUGAUAACUUGUACAGAAGAUCUAAAAACGUUUUUCCUUUUUUUUUUCUUUUUAUAUCUUCAUAAGUGUAACACUUUUAAGAUGCAUCUUGCUCUCAUUUUCUUUUUUUUAAACAAAAAGACUGAGUAUUUAAAAUAUUUUUCAGGGAUCUGUAAAAGGAAUCUGAAAGUUUAAAAGGGUUGAAUAUUUAAAGAAAAAGGCCCACUGUGUACAGGAGAAGUCUCCACCUCCCUUUUUGAAAGAUUGUUUCUUGUAGAAACGUCUUCAUUUUCUGCCCAAUUGCUUUGUAAUCCUAAAAUGUGUACAUACGGUAGCUGUGAAUACUAAAUGAAAAAAUAUAUAUAAAUAUAUAUUUUUGUUCCCUAGGGAUUUGCUACAUUAACACAGCUCAGAGAUCGAUGUAACAUAAUGAGGUGAGCGACGAGCUGGUAGCAGGAUAUUCAGCUUGUGUCAAGCUUAUUUUUUGUUUUUGUUUUGUUUUUUGUUGUAAAUUCUAUGAAAAGUUGUUUGCGGUGCGGAGAAAAAAAAAGCCCGAAAAGGUGACCGAAUCGACAUGGAAAGAGGAUCGAGGCAUCAGCCUCUUUCUCGUGUCUAUUUAUUACACAACAAACGUAUGAAAAAGGAAAAAUUGGAAAUAAAGCAAUUUUGCAUACAUC